AUGGCAGCACAAACAGACAUGACAGCACAAACAGACAUGGCAGCACAAGUAGAUAUGGCAACACAAACAGACAUGGCAGCACAAGCAGACAUGGCAGCACAAGCAGACAUGGCAGCACAAACAGACAUGGCAACACAAGCAGACAUGGCAACACAAGCAGACAUGGCAGCACAAGCAGACAUGACAGCACAAGCAGACAUGACAGCACAAACAGACAUGGCAGCACAAACAGACAUGGCAGCACAAGCAGACAUGGCAACACAAGCAGACAUGGCAACACAAGCAGGCAUGACAGCACAAACAGACAUGGCAGCACAAACAGACAUGGCAACACAAGCAGACAUGGCAGCACAAGCAGACAUGACAGCAUUGCCCAGACAUGACAGCACAAAACAGACAUGA